GUGUGGAUUGGUAUUUAUUUUCAAACGUCAAACUCUAAUAAUACUACUUCGAGAACGUCAGAUGUAUGUCUGAAAGCGCCGAGCAUCUGAAGGAUGAGGGCUCCAAGACCCAAUCAAUGAUAGCUGGUGCGACAGCUGGUUUGAUUGCUAGAUUCGUGAUUGCUCCUUUGGAUGUUGUUAAAAUUCGCCUUCAAUUGCAAUCGCACUCUGCAUCCGACCCUCUUUCACAUCGGGAUCUGCGAGGAUCUCCAAUCUAUAAAGGGACGAUUCCGACGAUCAAACGUAUCUUUCGAGAGGAAGGGCUGUCGGCAUUAUGGAAGGGGAAUGUUCCAGCAGAGUUGAUGUAUGUUUCAUACAGUGCGAUCCAAUUCACGACAUAUAGAUCUGUUACGCUGGGCCUACAAGACGCUUUUGGGGAGCAUCGACUACCAGCUGCUGCUGAAAGCUUUAUUGCUGGAGCAUCUGCAGGAGCUGUUGCUACGACCGCAACUUAUCCUCUUGAUUUACUCCGCACACGAUUCGCUGCGCAAGGCGUUGAGAGGGUAUACACUUCUCUCCGAUCGUCGAUCCGUGAUAUCGCCAUUAAUGAAGGGCCGAGAGGCUUCUUUCAAGGACUUGGUGCUGGCGUUGGGCAAAUCAUACCAUAUAUGGGUAUUUUUUUCGCCACAUACGAGAGUCUCCGUCUCCCAAUGGGAACUCUAAACAUGCCCUUUGGAUCUGCGGAUGCGAGUGCCGGGGUUAUAGCUUCAGUCAUAGCAAAGACUGGCAUAUUUCCUUUUGAUUUGAUUCGGAAGAGGUUGCAAGUACAGGGACCAACAAGAGAAAGAUACGUUCACAAGAACAUCCCAGUUUACAACGGUGUGUUUCAAACAAUGCGACACAUAUUACACAAUGAGGGCUAUCGAGGACUCUAUCGAGGAUUGACGGUCAGUCUUUUCAAGUCUGCUCCAGCAAGUGCCGUUACUAUGUGGACAUACGAACGAGUUCUUGCAAUUUUACUGAAAUGGGAGAAAUCCCAGGAACUUUCAAAGUGAUUUAAGGGUGUUUUAGAGUACAUAAGAGCAGUGGAGUCUGUAGAGGGGUAGACGGUUGUAGUGAUUCUGAGGGGUACAAUAGACUUUUAGACAACCAUAGACAUAGAAUACAUAAUUAGUACC